AAUUCUAGGUUAAACUAUAAUGGACUGAAAACCAACGGAGAAAAAGUUCUCAUCCCUUAUUCUCACCGCAGCGUACAAGAGAGACCGAAAUUCAAAAAUUUCAGCGACAAGAGAGGCGAGGCCAAGAUGGGAUUGAGAAAUAGUCUGAAUCUAUUAAAGAGCUUCGCCAAGGAAGGAUUCGACAUAUCUCUCGCAGUUGGAAAAUUUUUCUGCUGCCUCCACGUUGUCAACAGUUACCUCGUCACUCCAGCUCUGACGUCCGGUCCCAGCAUGUUGCCCACUCUCAAUUUAACGCCUACUAUUGUCUUGGCGGAGCGGCUCUCGCCGCGCUUCAAUAAAUUGAGUCCCGGAGAUGUCGUUCUUGUGCGGUCGCCUGAGGUUCCAAGAAAAAUUGUCACGAAGCGCGUGAUUGGAGUGGAGGGUGAUCGUAUUGCAUACGUUGUCGACCCACAAAAUGGUGACCAGUCGGAAACUAUUGUGGUUCCAAAGGGACACAUAUGGAUACAGGGGGAUAACAUUUAUAAUUCAUAUGAUUCAAGGAAUUUUGGGGCUGUUCCUUAUGGUCUUCUUGAAGCGAAAAUAUUUUGGAAGCUGCAUACAUCAAUAUCCUCUCAAACCCACAAUUAGUGGAAGUGAGCAUAUAUUAUUUUACAACAUUUUCGCUUGAGGAUUGAAAAGAUUUAAGCCUAAUCUGUUCAAGUACUGUAAGCCUAGACAUUGCAACCAAGGUUGUUUUAGUUGACAGCCAUUGUAAAACCAUUUCCUGAAACAUUUUGGAUUAAAUAUCGAAAUUGUGGUGAAGGAUAUCCUUGCAAUCCCCAAUGGUUCCAUGAGGUCUUUCCUUUUGCUUUCCUUUCAAUUUGAGUGGCAAGAGUGAAGAUAUGUUCAGAUUGAGGUCAUGGCCCUUAGGACUUAUCACUUCUUGUAUGUAGUUUUCUGUCAUGCAACUCUAAACGCUAUUGCUUGUUACUGGUAUUUUUUUAUAGGAAGGCAGUAAAUUAAACACUUCUUCUGCAAUAUGACUUUGAGUUUUGUUUAUGAGAAAAAUUAUCUAGUUUGUACUCAAAAACAAUUUUUAGAUAUCAAAAAUGUUAUA